AUGUCUGGAUAUAACAUACUUGGAAUGCCUUUAAUCGUGACCCCUGUUAUUGGUCCAAAACCUUUUCAAGGAAAUUCUAAAGAAAUCGACUCUCGCAGGAAUCUCUACGUUCUCGGAUUGCCUUUUGACUUAUCGAAGGCGGAGUUUGCCAAUAUGUUCUCUCGGUAUGGCACAGUAACUCACACUGUUAUCCUCGCCACUGUCGAUAAUGCGUCUCGCCGCCGCGGGUUUGUAGUUAUGUCGACCCACGAGGAAGCGAAAAGGGUGAUAAGCUCUAUGUCUCGAACUCAAAUAAAGGGCCACACUAUCGAUAUAUCUUGGGCUGUUGUUCAACGCUCUCAAGGAUUCCUGGAUGGCGAAGACCGUUCAAUGAUGCUUGCAUCACCUCUGUCAACUACUUUAUCUGACGUUGAUGCUUGUUUUGGUUCUUCCCCCGCGUUGCCCACAAAUGAAGGCGAUAAGUGUUCAAACACUACAUUUGUUCCCACAGCUAGGUUGCUCGUGACACAUCUACCCUUCUUACUCUUUUCUCAACAAAGUGACUUGCACCCUCUCUUUUGUCCAUUUGGCGAAAUCAAAACGAUGAGGCUCCUUGAUCGUUCUUUAAGUGAACAGCAAGCUAAUACAGUGUCUGCCGUGGUGGAGUACGCGAUGGUUUCAAAUGCUCGAGAAGCCAAAGAGACUCUUCAGACCCAGUCAUAUACCGACCUCCCUGUGGAUGUGCGUUACAUGCAAGACACAUUUUCUGCGAUUGGAAAUGCUCAUGCUCCUCUUCAUCCUGGACACCUCCGUAUCGAGAAUAAAACAUCAACCUUUGGCCUGAAUCCCUUUGCGACACCCUUUGUACUCAAUGGUUGCUCCUCAUCUGCUGCUGCUGUUCCUUUUUUCACCAACCAAGAUAACCAGACACGCAGCACACACCAAAUGGACAAGUUUAUUUCCAGUGGACUUCCUGGAGAUACCCAUAAUGUCUUUGCCUUUGCGUCUCCUUAUCUUACGUCCAACUUAGCCUACCAUCUAUCUCAAGCAAACACGAUAUCCAGGUCGAGUUCGGCUACAAGUUCCAGGCAAGCUUUGUAUUAA